CGAAUCCUCUUGUAGUAGUGUAAUGUCGUAGUGCUGGCGGUACGGUAUCUUUGUCCAUGUACGAAAUCGGAUUUCACAGCGUUAUGUUUAUUAAAAUAAAGUUGAUGAUGUGAUGUUUUCUUCUCGGGAUACAACUUGGAAAUCGUUUUUCACUUGGUCGAAUCCCCUGAAAGUUUAUGUCGUGUUGGUUAUGUUACAGCAUUUGAAUCCGUCAAUCUAAACAGUCAUAUGGAGAAACUAGAAUACGCAAAGCAGCAUCGAGUUGUUAAUCAUUAUGUAACAGAGCAAUAUUGAUAUCCGGAUUCGUGUCUCAAAGGUUUCCGAGUCACAGAUGUGAAGAUGGGAAAAACAUAUGAAAUGGAAGGUUCUUCAAACAAUGGCGAAGAACUGAAGUCUAGGCGUCGAAGCAGCUCAUUUUCCGUAAGAUCAUUGAAAUCGCCGCGUUCUGAAAAUAAGUCACACGGUAGAUCGAAGAAUGCCCUAGAACACAAGGAGAUUAUUUCCGCAGAGGCCAGCAAAACUGAUGGCGAUUUUUCCGAGCAUAUGAGAAAACUCAAAAGCAAGCAUUCACAUGGAAUUAAGCACAAGCAUCCAAGAAGAAAACAUACUGUUAUUAACGAGAACGAUCUCAUCGAUAAUUUGAAGCGACUGACACCCCUAUAUCGCCGUAAAAUAUUUUUCGAUCAAUUGAAGCGGUACUGGUAUAUAAUUGUAAUCGCUGCUGUUUUGCUAACUGGAAUAUCAGUGGGUAUUUCACUUAUAUUUUUACCCCAAAGUAGUGAAAGAUUAAUUGAAGUUGAGACUCCGCCGAGUCCACUGCAUGGCCGAUGGGGUGUAGUAAGGAUGAACGACAUGGGGGUCGAAUCGAUUGUGCAGGGAUUGAAAAAUGAUAAUCUAUCUGUAAUAAAAAUUGCAGAAGAUUCAAUAAAAAGUGUGUACUUAGAAGCUGGACUUCCAAUUCAAAAAGUAAAAAUAUUCUAUUUUAAUGGUUCCAACACACAACAUGACCGACGUCUUGCUACGAACAAAAACACGGUUGUUCUGGAACAUACAGCAUUUUUCAAUGAAAGUGCCGAAGUAGGCGAAUUAGAUAUUGAUGCUAUUGUACGCACUGUACGGAAAAUUUUAUCAAUCAACGAUACCUGGAUAUUUGACCCAAAUUUAUUAAGCGUUCGACAAGGCUCUAAUCGAGCUGUUGCGAAUUCCGUAGAUAGCUUUAUGCGUUCUGAAUUUCCCCAACUAGAUUUGAAAUCAAGACGAGGGAGAAUGGGUUUUGCGAGUAAAGUAACACUUUGUGAAGUAUUUUCUAAUGUUUCUAAUGGAAAAGUUUCACCAGAUAUUUGCCUUGAACCUGGAAGAAUUCGCACUGGUCUAGCAUGCUACAUUUCUUGCGAUGACAAUUUUAUUCUGACGGGUUCUAAGGUACGAACAUGCUUAUCCAGUGGUGCCUGGACUGGCUCAGAGUCAAGAUGCGAAUUACCGUGUCCUCAUAUAACGCCCCCAACGAACGGGAUUGUUGAUCCAAGAUGGUGCAAAAUGGUAAAGGCGAAAUCAACGUUGUUACUGGGCAUAAGCUGUAACUUCUUCUGUUCGCCCGGGUAUACUCUAAUUGGGAGCUUCAGAGCCGUAUGCCAAUCAGAUGGAACUUGGUCGUCAAUGCCCCCAACUUGCAAACGCGUUUGUCCGGGUGCUGUCUUUCCAGAAAACGGUCAUGUUGUGCCGACAUCAUGUUCCAGUAAUUGGGUCAAGGAGGGGACAUUCUGUUCUUUUUUCUGUGACGAUGGUCAUGUAAUACAAGGCAAAACAACUGCGACAUGCGAUAGUGAUGGAUCAUGGACAACAGAAGCUCCGGUGUGCAAAAAGAAAUGCCAUGCUUUGCAGACAUUGUAUAAUGGAAAGGUUCAUCCAAGUAUUUGUAGCGAAGAUAAAGCUGAUGUUGGAACGCGAUGUACCUUCAGUUGUGGAGAAGGUUAUAAGUUAGUGGGAUCAAAAGAAAGAUCGUGUGAUGUAACAGGUCAGUGGACUGGCACAACAUCGGAAUGUGUCCGAAUAUGUGCAAAAAUAGGGCAACGUCAAUAUCUGAAAAUGUCUCCAGAAUGUGCACUUCAAACAUCUCAAGCAGGCACACAAUGCAAUAUGUCAUGUGUUCGGGGGUUCGAAAUAGAUGGCGCAGAAGUACUCACAUGCCAAGAUGAUGGACUCUGGGAUAAAGAUCCACCAGUUUGUCGAGCAACUUGUAUACGCUUCGAAGAACCAAAAAAUGGUUACUUAAUUUGUUCUGGAUUCAGCGAAGGAGCUUCGUGUUCACUUUUUUGUCCAGAACAAUAUGUUUUGUUCGAACCGAGUUCUGUGGUGUGUCGCACUGACGGGGCCUGGAGCGAACCCAUAGGACGUUGUGUCAACACUUGUCCGAAAUAUAUGGUUCCUGAUCACGCUAAGCUUCAUCCAACAAAAUGUGGACUGGAAAUGAGCUUGGUCGGCCAAAUAUGUUAUUUUGAAUGUAACAACGGUUAUGGUAUAUCUGGUAAUUUCAAAACAGAGUGUUUGGAAGAUGGUACGUGGAGUCACAAUACUACUAUCUGUGUGGAGGAACAACAAUAUCUGAUACAAAUUGAUACCAGCGAAUUAAAAAUGUGUUUGAUACUCGAGCAGGAAACCUCUUUUCUUUUGAAAAUUGAGUGGGUUGAAUGCAUUCGAGGUAUGCAAUACACCAAGUGGACAGUGUUGCCAAGUGGUCUUAUCAGAAAUGUAGACUCAAACAAAUGCUUGGCCGCAGAAGAAUUGGGUUCAAUGUCUUUUCUGGUCGGAAAAUCCUGUGACGAAACUGAUAAACUUCAAAUUUGGAAUUGGCCAUUUUCUUCAGAUGAAGGAUAUUCGUUGAAACUUAAACAUUACGAUCUAUAUCCUUGGGAAGGUUAUUCUUCGCUUUCAAAAACUGUUAUAACCAGCCAGAUUACUCAUUUAAAAGCGAGUUGGAAGCUUUACGACCUCACAGCGAGUAGAGUUUCUUCAUUUUAUGGUGCUUUCAAUAACGGAGGAUGUCCGCCUUUAAAACAUGGUCAAAACGGCCGUUGGUCUCCAUCAUCGUGCUCUCAAAUUACAAGUAGAAUAUAUUCGUAUUGUACAUUCGUUUGUUCAACAGGGUUCACUUUCCGUGACCAAGACCUCGAAAGCCAAUGCGUAAACGGAAUAUGGUCGAACGCAAUUACUCCUAAUUGUGUUGCUGGAUGCAGGGGAUUGCAUACGGAUUCAAAAAUGUCGAUUGCCCCAGUUGCGUGUCACGAUAAGUAUGUUGAUCAGGAAAUCAUUUGCACAGCAUCGUGCCCGACAAAUACAAUUCUUGUCGGGGAAAAACACUUGGUUUGCUUGAAAGGAGGUAUUUGGACGUUUCCCCCACCAAUUUGCGUACCGCUGUGUAACACUUUAGUUGUAGUUGGAAGUGGAUCGAUCAAAUCGUCGGAUAAAUGUUUUGACAACAGCGGUUUGCAUCGCAAUGGUAGUUUAUGUGAAAUAGAGUGCGCAGAAGGCUUUGUUCUUUCAACAUCUUCAUUUUAUCGUUGUGUGAACGGGGCAUGGGAUAACGAUCAACCCGUGUGCCAGAGAAAAUGCAAUAAACCAACUUUCUCGAGUCACGGAUCAAGCAGUUGUAUGAAUGGCCCAAGCUUUUAUGUGGAAGGAGAAUCAUGCACGUAUACAUGUGAUACUGACUAUGCCAUGUUAACCAAUAUUUCAACAAUCAAAUGCCUUUCUUCGGGGUUAUGGAGUCAUAAUACGCCAGUAUGUAAGCGCAUUUGUCAAGGUCUACCUAUUGCAGUUGGAAUGUCGUUGACGCCAUCUAGUUGCUCUGGAACAGGGGAUAUUGUUGAAAAUACAAUUUGUACAGUGUCAUGCGAUGCUGGUUUUAUUCUUUCUGGGUCUCGUAUUCGAACUUGCCUAGCGUCGGGAAGCUGGUCUGGAUAUACCAGUAGCUGUGUUGUCGAUAGACAGUUUUUCAUCUGGAAUAACCAUGAUGAAGAUAAGCGAUGCUUGUAUGCGAAUAAAUAUUUGCUACAAAAUACCUAUCGUCUAGUGCUUAAACCGUUUCAUCUAUGUGUAAGAACUGAUCCAAUGUUUAUAUGGAAAGCUGAUGAAGAUGACAAACUUCGAAAUGUCGGAGCUAACUUAUGUCUGGGUUCUGAAAGCAUUCGAGAUAAUGCACUGAUCAUUCUGAGUUCUUGUGAAGCAUCUCGGGCUAUUCGCUGGCAAUAUGUGUUACGCCUUGGUCGAUAUGUAAUUUUGAAUAAUAACGGCACACACUAUCUCCGCAGACAUGACAACUCACAUGUUGAGUUGGACUCGUUGUUUGACGAAAAUUUUGAAAAUCGCAGCUAUUACGGAUGGAAAGCGACAGACUUGGAUUUAAAUGAGGGAAGUGUGUGCGGUAUUGCGCAUAAUACAUGUCCCAGGAUUAGCCUCCUAGAUGGAACAUAUUUUGUUUCGAGUGACUUGCAUUGCCAUUCUGCGGUAGAUACUGGCUCUAAUUGUACUUUAUUUUGCCCAAGCGGGCCUCAAAUAGGUAGUCCCUCAGAAGGUGUUCUUUUCAAUUGUCUCCAAUAUGGAAUGUGGUCCAAUGUCAACAUCGACUGUUCUUAUAAGACAUGUCGGCCACUAACUCUUCCAUCGAAUGCAUCAAUCAAUGAUGAAACCUGCUUAAACACAAAUUCAUCUACGACUGGCGAUAGAGUAUGUGAAAUAUCCUGUGACGAAGGGUCCGUGAAAAUCGCAUCGAACAAGCUCAAUAAAGGUACAGUGUGCCUAAUAAACGGAGAGUGGAGUGAACCUGCUCCAGAAUGUCUUAGUAAAUGUAAGCAUGUAUCGUCCCCUAUAAACGGAUCUGUUUCAGGCAAUUGCAAUGGCGACCAAGUGCUCCUCGAUGGAGACACAUGCGAGUUCUUUUGCAACUUCGAUCAUGAAAUCGUAGGGAAUAACUCAAUAAAGUGUGUAGGGGGUGAAUGGAGUGGUCCUGUGCCUACAUGUGCUCUACUGACUACUAAUCCUCCCAUUAAAUGCCCCGGUCUAUCUCCGCCAGCCAAUGGUUAUCUCAUGCCCUCAUCAUGUACUCAAGGUGCAGUGUCACACGGAACGAUGUGCAGUAUUAAUUGUAACAUGGGUUAUUUACCGGAUAGGACUAUUCCAAGCAGUAUCAGGUGCCAAGCUAACGGAGGUUGGACAGGACCUGAAAAUCGUUGUUUAAAGAUUUGCAAGGUAUUUGAUUUUGUAUCAGAGUCCAAUCGGAAUCAUCAAAAAUCUAAAUUUAUCAUGUCACCAGAAAGAUGUUUUGAAGGAAAUAACACAGAAGGGGAUUUGUGUUAUCUGGAUUGUGUUGACGAGUAUGACAUUUUCGCCGGCCCUUAUGCUUAUGGGUCACCGUUAUAUAUUAAAUGUCAAAGAGAUGGAGAGUGGUCUUUGUCGGAAAAUGAACAUGAAAAAUUAUACAAAUGCUUGAAAGUUGCCGAGUUUAAAAUACAAUCUAGGUCAACAGGACUGUGCAUUAACGCUAUCACUCCCACGUUUGUGGGCUUCACAUCAUGUGAUACGAAUGAUCGUGGGGUUCUGUGGGUAUUUUAUCACCACGUGUUGAAAAACAGGAAAAAUCUUACUCACUGCCUCAACAUUGACGACUCUGCAACUUCUCUGUCAACAUUGUCACUUGCGCCCUGCUCAUUGACUGAUGUCAGACAAAGAUGGGACUGUGGUGUGGACGACCUAGAGUAUGAAAUCAUUAAUUAUUAUAUUGGUGUUAAGCUCGUACAUAUUAAUAACAGCAAUAGAGUAUUUGCCAUUAAAAUGCGAAAUGCGGAUUUUUCUUUGGUAUCUCCUUCAUUUUUUGACCCGAAAGACGGCAAGGACGAAUGGACAAACAUCGAAAAUGAGCAUAUUUGUGGGCGCCGGACUAAUGCGGAUGUAUGCAUGAUACACAAAUGGACUACUAUUGAGAAUGGCGCUGUUAGUCCAAAUUGCCAAUUGAAACACUCCACAAUACCGCAAUAUGACUUUAUUUCAGUCGGCGAGGUAUGUUCCUUUCACUGCAAUGAAAACUACACACUUGUAGGAAGUUCAAGUGCCAAAUGUAUGUGGCGUGGAAGAUGGGAGUAUGAUCAGGAACCAAAAUGCGUAAGGAUGUGUCCCGCCCUGGCAGUUCCAGAUUUUGCCACGGGCACUAAUGUAAAUUGCAGCAGACAUCCGUCAAUGCCAGGCUCUCGGUGUGAAUUUAUUUGUGAUUACGGUUUCAUCCAUUCCGGUGAUUUAGUUCAGCUUUGUCUUCCGACUGGUACUUGGGCUGGAAUUCAGCCGUUUUGUUAUAAAUUAUGUGCACCCAUUAAACACAGGCACGCGUCAGCGAUCCAACCACCGGAAUGUACAGAAGAAACACAAGUAGCCGGAACAAUAUGCUCAACAGUAUGUAACGAUGGUUAUGAAAUUGAGGGCAAAAGUACCCAACUAUGUCAGCCAAAUGGUGAAUGGUCAAGCCCACAGGGCUCAUGUGCCAUAUUAUGUCCAGCUUUAUCGUCAGUAAUCCAUGGCAUAGUCGCCCCUUCCGAUUGCUUCAGUUCAAAAAAGAUGCCUGGCAGCGUUUGUAUUCACAGGUGCAAAUCGGGAUAUAAAUUGAUUGGUGGGGAAUCGAGAACUUGUGGUGCAAAUGGGUUGUGGAGUGGAAAGAUUGCAACAUGCUUACGAAAAUGCCCAAAGUUGUACCCUCCGUCAAAUGCAGUCUAUAUACUACAAAGUGGCCACGAAAAUGUGGAAGGUGCGAUCAUUCGAACGAUAUGUAAAGUUGAUUACACAGUUGACAAGAAUCCGCUUCGCCAAUGCCUUAGUAACGGUCUAUGGAGUGGAAAGAAGGCUACUUGUGUGUACGAGAAACAGUUUCUUUUGUUGCAAAGUUCUCCGCCAUCUCCUAGUAUUUGUCUUUUUACUGAUGAAAAAUUGAUUGUACGCAUUUCAAAUAUUGCCCAAUGUAAUCUAAAAUCGCCAUGGUUCUUAUGGGCGUGGCACGGAUCUAACCAAAUACGCAACGUGGGUGCUAAUAUGUGCUUGUCAGCUUCUUCCCGUGAUUUCGGUAAUUAUCUUAUACUUGAAAACUGCAUUGAUAUUGAAAAUAAUCAAAAGUGGCAUUGCUCUACUUUCGGUCAUAAAAAUGUCAUAUCUUUGAAAAAUACUGAUGCAAUUCCUGUGUUCACUUCUCUUUCGCCAUCCAAAGUAAUGCUGCUAAGUACCGAUAUCAUUAUUUUUUUAAACAAGAAAUCCAUUGUUCCUCUUGCAAAUUUGCAGUGGUACGCCAUGACGUCGGAAAGCAACCACACAUUACUCUGCUCUGCUAAAGACGCCGAUGCAUGUCACGGUUUGCAACCAAGCGAACAUUUAUCAAUAACGCCCCAAUGUCAAUUGACCCUUGUGCCGAUUGGAACCGAUUGCUCAUUCCAGUGUAAAAGUGGCUUUGUUCCAACCACUGAUAUUCGGACGUCGACCUGUUUAAAUUCUGGAUAUUGGAGCAAUGGUGUACCGAAAUGCGCGCCGGCCUGUGAUGGCCUUGUCGCUGACAAACGUGUUAGAGCUACCCCGGAAAAUUGCCUUUAUUCUGUGUCGUUGCCAGAAGGACAGACCUGCCGAUUUUCAUGCCCGCCAGAUUAUGUACUAGUAGGAGAUCAUACUUUAACAUGUUUGAACAACGGAAAAUGGACUUCGAGCCCGCCGAUGUGUAAAAAAACCUGCUCAACAUUGAACAUCCCCUUGCUUGGAUCAGUAGUUCCAGAAUUGUGUAUUGACCUAGGUCAAAGACUUAUUGAAGGAACAGAAUGCGAGAUUUCCUGCCUUCAACAUGAUCACAUUUUGAGUGGGUCAUCUAAACGUGUGUGCACAGAAACUGGCGAGUGGUCUGGCUUUGAUUCCAAAUGCAUAAAACCUUGUAAUAUUGUUGAUCAACCACCACAUUCGAUUGUAGGGCCAGCGCAUUGUCUCCGACAUCAAUCUCAGAUCGGUAGUAUUUGUUCGUUUACGUGUGAGGCUGGAUAUUCUCCUUCUGAAACUUAUUACAGACGGUGUUUAGAGAAUGGGACGUGGAGUGGAGAGGAACUGUAUUGUCAAAUAUAUUGUCCCGUAAUUGAAAAUGUUGCCGUGGAUGGCGUUAUCUAUCCAUCAGACUGUUUGCACUUUGAUAGUGCUCCUGGGUCGAUGUGUAACAUUAAAUGUGACACCGGCUACGAAGUAAUUGGCAAUAAAUUUGUCUCUUGCAACAGUGGAGGUACCUGGAACGGAAAACUUGGUGUGUGUACAAGAAAGUGUCCACGUCUUAAAAAACCUCUUAACGGUAACAUUAAACCAUCUGUUUGCAUGAAUGGAGAUAUAUAUGCCGGAACGGUAUGUACACAUUCCUGCCAAGAAAAGUAUUUACUAAGUGGUUCCAAUCUUAGAACAUGUUCCAGACAAGGUCAAUGGACCGGUACAGAAGCAAAAUGUGUGCCUAGUUGUCCGCCUCUAGGAACUAUCAAAUUGGCUUCAGUAUUACCUGUAUCCUGCACCGAAUCUUCACAACCGGUAAAUACAAAGUGUACUGUGGGAUGCGUUAAUGGAACAUUGUGUGCUGAUGGAGCAAAAACGGUUUCCUUGUCAUGUUUGCCUAAUGGUUUUUGGAAUCGGCCGUCGCCAAAACAAUGUUUACAUGUUUGUGAUGUUUAUGAGGUUGAGAAUGGAGCCGUCGUUUGCGAAAAUUCAGAAGAAAAUAAUCUUGGGGUUGUCUUCGACGGGGAAAAAUGUACUGUGCAUUGCCAUAAAUUUCACGUUCCGAUAACUCAUCCUACUUCAACUUGUGUCAUGGGUAAUUGGACCCCUUUUAUCACGCGUUGUAAGUAUAUUCCAUAUCCACUCUUGAUGGUGCAACGAAUUGCCUUCGAUACGAAGUGUUUGGGAAUAGAGGAAUCUUUUGUCACCAUGCAUUCGUGGGAGGCGUGCAGGAAUGAAUCUUCUGGGACAAAGUGGGCUUGGAGAAACCACUAUAGUAUUGUUAAUCUUGCCAGCGGUUUGUGUCUUACAGCAGUAUCAUUAGCGGUCGACGAAUCAAUUAUUGUUUCACCUUGCGAUGACCAUAGUUCUUUACAAAAAUGGGACUGUGAUUCUGAAGAGCCCUAUAGUAUAUUUUUGAGUGGGACCUUACUGGGCCCCGGAAGAAGAUAUCCUGAGUUGCCAGAAAUAACCCUCCAGGAGGUCGGAGCACCAGAAUCAUUUUUUUAUACGUUCAACCCCAAUAGCAAGGACGAACUCGGAACGCUUUGUUCCGUGAGACCUCAUCGAGGUUGUCCAAAAUUGUUACUUUCUGGCGGAGUAUCUGUAAGUCCUCAUAUAUGCCGAGAAGAAAUUGUGCCUCCUUCAACAGUUUGUACAUUGGAAUGUUUAAAUAUACAUCAUGUAAUUUCAGGAGAAUCAGUAUUUCAAUGUGAUGAUUCUGGCAUGUGGAUGCCCGAUAUUGUCGGAGAAUGCGAACCGAGAUGCCCACCUUUACUCCCAGAAGGGAAAGUACUUUUUGUAAACGAGUCGUGUUUAUCAGAACAAGCGGCAGUAGGUACAAUUUGUGAAUAUUCAUGUCCAUCUGGGUAUGUGUUGCAAGCUGCGUCAAAAACACGCGAAUGUUUAAAAAAUGGAGAGUGGAGUGGAAAUAAACGCGCUACGUGCAAAUUAUUGUGUACUGAAUUGAAAGAGCCUAAAAAUGCCAAACUAUAUCCUUUGCCUUGUACCCACGGUACAUGUACAAUACAGUGUGAAGUCGGCUAUCGUCUUAACGGACCGAAGGCCAGGAUUUGUCAGGGUUUCGGCGAAUGGUCAGGCACCGAAUUUUCCUGUGUUGAAGAUGUUCAAUUUGCGAUAUCAACGAAAAAUUUAGCUUUGAGAAUAGCUAUGUGUUUAACAGUAAUAAGUGGAAAUCAAGUUGUUAAGCUUCCAUGCAAGCUACGUAACAAAUCUCAGAUGUGGCGAUGGAGGUCACAUCACACUCUCGAGAAUGUUUACAGCGAGUCUUGCCUUUCGCUACGACAAGCAAACUUUAGUGAUGAUAAAAUGCUAAAGAUCACGGGGAAAACAGAAACGCAAACGGUUCAUGACGCCGAAGAGAAUACCGACGUCAGCUACGAUUUUGAACACUUUCAAAAUUCAUCGCAACCAAGUGACGUGUUCGUCGCAGACUGCAAUUCAGAUCAUGUUAAUCAGUAUUGGGAAUGUGAUGCAACCUCACAUUUAAACAAAUUUCGUGUUAAACUCCCGAAACUUGGUUUAUUUUUGGGGUCAGGUCCACAGUUCACCACCAGAAUUACACUCAACAACAAUUCCCACCCAUCCCCACGCUGGAUGGUGAACGAUUAUGAGGGUAUCUCAACAAUUUGUUCCAAGAGAUUGACAGGUGUCUGUCCACCAAUGCAACCAAUAUAUGGUGGUGUAAUCACUCCUGCACUUUGUACGUCUGAAUUUAUAACAUCGGGUACGAAAUGUCAUUUCCAAUGUGAUGAUUCAUACAUAAUAGAAGGUGACCAGUCAUCAAUUUGUCGUCCGAACGGAUUCUGGACAAAAGAUCCUCCUGUCUGUAUUGGCGUUUCAAAAUGCCCGCCACUUAUGGUGCUGGAACCAUUAAUAGUUCGUCCGUCGAUUUGCAAAGACAAGAGAAUUUCAGAAGGAAAACGAUGCUUCUUCCGAUGUAAAGAAACCUAUUUGUUAUCAGGUACUGAGGUCGUUUUAUGCACUGCGAAUCAAAAAUGGAGUGAUCGGUUACCUACUUGUAACGUAUUUUGUGCAACGCUGCCUCCACCUGUACAUGGAUUAGUAUCACCCGAAUCCUGUCAGAAUUCAGAAAACGAUGUUGGGAAAACAUGUUCUUUCAAUUGCCUAGAAGGUUAUGACAUAGUUGGAGAAAUAAAUCGAACUUGUUUGAGUCGUGGAACGUGGUCUGGCAAGCAAACACUCUGUCGCAAGCUAUGUCUCAAACUCGACCCAAUCCCCCAUGGCUUGAUAUCUCCUGAGCGAUGUGUGUUCAAUAAAAGCUCAGCGAGUGGUACUUGUGUUGUAACCUGCGAAAUAGGCUUUUGGCUAGAUGGACAAUCACGUCUCGUGUGCAAGGAUGGAAUUUGGUCUCAUGGGUUACCAACUUGUAGAAACAACACAUGUCAUAAAUAUUUAACUGAAGUAGAUUCCAUCAUUUCCAUAAAAUAUUCGAAAUUGAAUAAUGGUGCCAUCGUUAAAGGGACUGACAUGAAAUAUGAAUGCGACGAUGGAUACCGGAUACACGAUAAUAAUGAACGUACGUGUAUGUCUGGCGGCUCAUGGUCUGGUCCUAAAACGUUGUGUACUCCUUUGAAAUGCACUCCAUUACAGCGAUUGUACCAUGGAUUUGUCGAACCUGAAUCAUGCAUAACAACACUGGGCGUCCCUAUCGGAACAUUAUGUUCUUACUCGUGUGACCAUGGCUUUGCUCUUAGCGGCGCGUCAUCAGUAGAAUGCCUCACUACUGGCAAAUGGUCGGAGAGCGAUACUCCACAAUGCCAUGAUACAAACACCUAUUCUCAUCAUAUAAACUUCCUAAUUAAUGAAAAAUUUUACCAAUCUAACAACGAGAAAAUCGCAUCUAAUAAUUGUAUAGAAGCAACUAAAGGAGAGAACAAAACUCUAUUCAUGAGCAACUGCAGCCCACUAUCUCCUUUCAAAUUAUGGCGGUGGUACGGAAGUUCAAGAAUACAGAACGUUGCAAAUCACUUAUGUUGGGAACUGGAAUCAAGUGGGCAUUUAGUUCUGGGCAAAUGUAAUCUAAACAUUACUGCACAGAGAGUUCAUUGCGGCGACAUACAUUCCAUAUCCGCCAGUUAUCAAAUAAGUGUCAACAUGGAAUUAAUAACGCACAGACUUCAAGCAACAUCUAAUUUUACUGCUACAAAUCUUGACUGGGUAGCAAUAGAUUCAUCCACUUCUAAUAAUGAAGGCGAUUUGAGUUUGUCAGAAUCUUAUUCACAGGGUGUUCCGGUUUGUACAUAUAUGUGCGGAGGAACCUUCCAUGACGAAGAAGGUAAUCUGGCCACUCCUAAUUUCCCGUCGUCGUACCCAGGAGAUGUUCUUUGUAAAUGGACAAUAAUUGCUUUAACGAAAACCAUUUAUGUCGACUUUUCAUUAGUAGAGCUUUCAAAUAGAGCCGAAAAGGGAAACAAAUGUUUCACCGACAACAUUGUAAUAUUUGACGGGGCCACCAGUGACCGCGAACAAAGCGACAUUUUGAGUACCGUGUGUCAUAGCAGGGAUAAUUUAAGAGUGAAGAGCUUGCAUGGUGUGUUACAUAUUCAAUUAACUUCUGAUCAUAGUGAUAAAGACAACGGUCAGGGAUUUUCUGCUCGUUGGUUUUCAGAAGAAUAUCCACCCUUGUAUCCAACGUGUGGGGUAAGCGAAUUGGGUCCAACUGAUUUUCACAAUACGACAAACCAUGGGUAUCCAUGGCAAGUUGUUAUAGUAACUUGGAAACGUGUGUGUGAUGCAACCUUUAUUGACAAGAGGUUUGUAAUCACGUCUGCCCAGUGUGUUGAACAUAUACAUAGUGCAAAAGAAGUUGUCAAACUCAUUGUCGCGUAUGACUUUUUUACGCAGUCAGAAUUUCUUCUAAAGUUCAAACGUCGACGAUUCGAUCACGCAGACAAGGUGUGGGUUCAUCCUAAAUACCAACCUGAUAUGUUACUUAAUAAUAUUGCUAUGGUGCGACUCGUACGAGGGAUUCAAAUGCCGGAAGAUCUCUUACAUCCUAUUUGUCUCCCCUCUCCUGAUGUCGGUCGUGUUGAAAGAGCUGGUGACAACUGCGUUGUGAGUAGUUACAAAUCUUCGUUGAUGACAAAACCAUCUCAAACCUGGAGAUUUACUAAAAUAGCUACAGCACGUAUACUCACUCGUGAAGUUUGUGACAGAUUGUUAAUUUUUGAAAGAGGCCUCUCUUUCGAUAGUGGAGAUCUUUUAUGUACUGAAAUGUUUUACGAGUCUGAUCCACAAUUGCCACUGAUGUUUGAAAGUAAAUACAUUGAUAACGAUGGUGGAACCGUGUUACAAUGUCUUUGGAAUGAAAACUGGUAUGCAGUGGGGUUAUUCAAUUUUGCUUUGAGUGAUUCCAAAGACAAGCAAUUUCAUGUUUAUACUGAGAUAAUUGCUAAUCGAGAUUGGAUCACGAACACAAUUGAUAACGCCUUUUUGAAACCAUCAAAUGUUUUUGUUUGAAAAAAAUUGUUUUGCAUUUCAAUAUUAUAUUUCCAUCUAUUCAUAUUUGCAUGCCCAUAUUUACAAUAUUUCCAUAAUACUUCAUGUCAGAUCAUGAUUUUACCCUUUGACAGUAGUAAACGAUCUUAGCUAAACGACGGGACAACUAAAUACAAGUGUAUGGGUUGAUAUGGAUUGCCACUUAUUCUGGAACUGAGUCAUAUUUUACUAUCGAAAUGGAUUCAUUUGGUUGAUUUCAAUAUUUUGAAAUACACCAUAUUAUAGCCAGAGCUUGGGGCUUGUACUCUCUCUGUGUUCUCUAUCGGGUAUUUGGAAAUGUAAUACAUAGGAAUAUU